AUGCUUUUCUCCAAACACCCCUCGAAAGCCCCAGAUCAACUCGAACUUCACAAAGCUGCGCUCCUUUACCAUAAACAAAAGCAUACUCUGCCACCUAUGCAACAGGUGCAAAAGUCUCCAGUCUAUUCACCUGAAGAAUCUAUACAACAAAUAGUAGGCGCAUCAACAGAUUCCCAAAUAUCAAUCGGCAAUGUCUUUCAGGAUGGAUUACCAAGUCUCCCAGUGAUGUAUCUGCCCGAACAUCAUCUUGUCCGACUUCGAGCAUUGAAAAUACAAAGAGUUGAUAAUAGCUCAUCUCCAAUUGUUGAAAGGAAACAGGUUAAACAAGCUAAGCGAGUCAAGAGGAGCGAGGAUGUUGAGAAAAGGAAGAGGGUCCAGAACCUACUCCCCAAGACCGACAUCGCCACACACAAGAAACCAAUGCACAUAAGCAAUCUCUUUCGAGCACAUUUUCACAAGCCAAACAUCCGUACUGCUUCUAAUAGACUGUUCUCGAAGUCACCCAAGGCGAAAAUCGAAGAGAAAACCAACACCCAUAUCGAAGAAGCAAACAAAGCCAACUCUAUACCUCCAGCUCCCCUCAACGAUUUUAACUGGCCUUUACUCCCACCCGAAACUGCAUCUACAAGCAAUCUGGCCCUUCGCCCUGGUGCGGAACACAACCAUGAAAAUUCCGAGACUACCAUCACAGGGGAAGAAGAAAACAAGAACGAGAGUCACUGUCAGAACUUAGAAUCAACCAAAACAAGCGAGACAAUCACAGAGGAAAAACAAGAGUUAGAUAUUGGACCUUCAGAAGCAAGUAGAAUGAAAUUAUACCAGGCGUGGAAGAGACGAAUUUUGGAGCUGAGUGGUGCAAAAGAGGUUGAAUAG